AUGCCGUCUUCCCAGCCGGCCGCAGGCCACUUAGCCGUAAAGCCUGAAUACUUGUCAUCCCAGCCAUCAUCAGCAGCGAAGAAAUCGGAGCCAAAUCGGUCACAGUCAUAUCGACCGAACAAGUCUCACAUCACAGACAGUCCCAUCACGAAAGCCAACUGGUAUAAGCAUGUCAACUGGCUCAAUGUAUACUUGAUCAUUGGGAUCCCGCUCAUCGGCUGCAUCACCGCCUUCUGGACACCUUUACAUUGGCAAACCGCCAUCUGGAGUGUCAUCUACUACUUCGCCACGGGACUGGGAAUCACUGCUGGCUACCAUAGGCUAUGGGCCCAUACUUCGUACUCGGCCACUCUGCCGCUGAGAAUAUUCCUUGCUGCUGUUGGCGGAGGAGCUGUGGAGGGAUCGGUACGCUGGUGGGCCCGUGACCACCGCGCACAUCACCGCUACACCGACACUGACAAAGACCCUUAUUCCGUGAGGAAGGGACUGCUCUACAGCCACUUCGGCUGGAUGCUGAUGAAGCAAAACCCAAAGCGAAUUGGCCGCACCGACAUCAGCGAUCUGAACGAAGACCCAGUCGUCGUCUGGCAACACAAGAACUAUCUCAAGGUUGUCCUCUUUAUGGGUCUCGUCUUCCCCAUGAUCGUGGCAGGCCUAGGCUGGGGUGACUGGUUCGGUGGCUUCAUCUACGCAGGCAUUCUGCGCAUCUUUUUCGUCCAGCAAGCCACAUUCUGCGUCAAUUCUCUAGCUCAUUGGCUUGGUGACCAACCUUUUGAUGACCGUAACUCGCCUCGCGACCACGUCAUCACAGCUCUUGUAACUCUCGGUGAAGGUUACCACAACUUCCACCACGAAUUUCCUUCCGACUACCGCAAUGCCAUCGAGACCUUCCAGUAUGACCCUACCAAAUGGAGCAUCUGGAUUUGGAAGCAAAUGGGCUUGGCAUACGAUCUCAAACAAUUCAAGCAGAAUGAAAUCGAGAAGGGCCGAGUUCAACAACAGCAGAAGAAGCUCGACCAGAAGCGUAGUAAGUUGGACUGGGGUGUACCUCUCGAUGCUUUGCCAGUCAUGGAAUGGGACGACUUCCAAGACCAGGCAAAGAAUGGUCGCGGUCUCAUCGCUGUCGCCGGAGUGGUACACGACGUCACAGAAUUCAUCAAGGUUCACCCAGGAGGCAAGGCCAUGAUCAACAGCGGCAUUGGCAAGGAUGCCACCGCUAUGUUUAACGGAGGUGUCUAUAUGCACUCUAACGCUGCCCACAACCUCCUCUCCACAAUGAGAGUCGGUGUCAUCCGUGGUGGCUGCGAAGUUGAGAUCUGGAAGCGAGCGCAAAGAGAGAACAAGGACGUUCAAUUCGACAAGGACGGUCAGGGUCAGAAAAUCAUUCGUGCCGGCAGCCAGGUCACCAAGAUCGCGGAGCCCGUCGCCACAGCAGGAGCCGCGUAA